AUGUUUAGAUUAAUUGCCAGUGGUGCCCAACAAGGGUUGAGACCAAGUUUAAUCCUGAAAGUUAAGCCUCCUACCACUACCACCACAACAUCAACAACAUCCAAAUUCACAUCAACUACUCAACAUUUCCCCUUUGAAAAUAAUAAUUUAUUGGGUUAUCAAGUGAGAAAUAACUCGUCACAAGCAGGAGUUGCAUCUGAACCAAAAAUAUCCCUCCCAGAAACAGAUGUUUACCAACAAAAGCUACUCAAAUACAACAUUAAAAAACACGAGCCAUAUCAUUUAAAGUUUAAUCCUAAGACUAAAAACCAGAGAAACAACGAUUCAGCAUCAAGCUUUAGUAUAGAUGAAUUUCUGCAAUUAUUACAAGAUGAAACAUUUAGAAACCAGCUUAAUGAAAAGCAUUUGUUUGUUUAUGCCUCUAAUCUUUAUAGUGGCACAAUCAACCUGAGAAGGGCUAGAUUGAACAAGUCCAAAAAUAGAGAUAAAGAUCAAAGAUCAGCAUUCCGUGAAGAUAUGACUUUACAAAGUGCUGUUUUGAAUCUUACUGAAAUAAUUUCCACUGGUGAAUUGAAUUCUGUGUUAUCUGCAAGAACUCUAUUCAAAGUUUUUGGUACUUUAUUGCAAUUUAAAUUAAAUGAUGAAAUUGUCAACCUUUGGGAAACAGGAGUCAAUUCUGACGUUGGUAAAUUAUAUUUGGCUCAUGAAGUGUUAUCUAUUGUUAUCCAAGUGGGCCAUGAAACUAGAAGAUUCAAUUAUGAUGAAAUUAAACAAAUUUAUGAAAUGAGUGUUAAAGAAGACAAAACAGUUCAUCCAUAUUUAAGUGAUAGAAUGGGUCAAGUUGCUGUCAUGGAAGGGGACUAUGUGACUGCAUUGGACGCCUUGGAAUCUUUGAUGAACCUUUAUGAACAAAAUCCAAAUGAAAAGUCUGUUUUGGGAGCAUUAGCUCAAAUCCAUUUGUCAUUUAUUGGACAUAGUAAAGACUUGGCUAUUGCCGAAAGAUUUUUCGAAAAAGGUUUACAAAAAGAGGGAUUGCCAUAUUCUGUUAUUAUGAAGGCUCCUUAUAUGACUUCAUUUUUGAGCAAUUGUAUUGCUGGUGGAUACUCAAUGGAAGAAGUUAUUGACUUUUGGAGACGUAUUAGUAAACAUUAUCUUGAACAAGAUUUUGAUUUGAUUUCUAGUCAAUCUACUUUACACGCUGGAUUUUUCAAAUCAUUUUUCGAAAAAUACCCUGAACCAUCAAAGGAAGCCAUUGACUUAUUGAAUUUAGCAAUCGAAAGUGCCCCCAAAGUUAAUGAAGUGUUAUUAAACACGUUGAUUUCAAACUUGCCAUGGGCAGAUAAAGAAAUUUUUAACAAACUUCUCAAUUUGUACCAAGAAAAGAAUGUUACCAAGAGUAUUGUCUCCCAUCGUAUCAUCUUGAAACAGAGUAAACAAAUUGAAUACACGAAUGAGGAAAUUUUACAACUUUGGAAUGAAUUAUUAGGUAAAUUAGAUGAGGCAGGUUAUACUUAUAUUGCUAAUGCAGAUUGGUCUGCAUUAAGAGCUUCAACUAUGUUCUCCGGAAAAUUCAGUUACCAAAGAACUGGAUUGUAUUUGUCAGUGUUGGGUAAAUAUAAGGAUUACAUGCAAAACAAUUUUGCUGCUAUUCAAUUUUUGAGAAAUUGGGUCAGAGAUGCUAAUGCCUACAGAUUAAUUAGUAAAAUUACGUUGGAAGAAAACCCACAAUUUGAUGGUGCCAUAAAAGUUGAUAUCCCUGAAUUUGACAGUUUAAGACCAAAUAUCAAUUAUCGUGAGGUCACUAAACAAGUCACUGAUGCUGAUCCAAGAUUACUUGAAUAA